CAUCCCAAAUAUAUGGGGAUGCCUUUCUCUCAUUUUCUGUGUCAGUAUAAUGUGUGUGAUUUCGAAUGUACAUCAAGUUUAACAACUUGUCCAAAUGAUAUCUCAAAGCAGGAAUCAGGAAAUCUAGCAGUUUUCACUAGUCACUAAAUGAGUGAGUAAUACAUCAACACUGAUUGGUUCAUACUACCGGAUGUGACGUCCCUUGUCGACCAAUCACAAGGGACGUGUCAUUUUUAUUGGGUGGAUAAAGUUUUGGCACUGGUGGUUUCUUGGUGUGUCAUUGCGUGUUACGAGUGCGGUGUUGUUUGCUGAGUGGUGAGGUAGACGGCAAGCAUCAAAGGGAAUUUUGACGCAAUCGUCAAGGGAUAUCGAAGUAAAGAUACCUCCAGACCAAUCUUCAUAAACGGGACAAAUUCAGCUCAGCAAAUCGUUUCAACAGUAAAACAUUUGUAAAGAAUAUCCAGGAUAUCAUGGACUGCGGACUAAAGGAAUAAAAGGCAACCUAACAGUACUUCUCCAGAAACAAAACAUUUGAUCAGUGAGAAACGGUUGAACUAUCGAGUUUGUUGAGAUUUGAUAAGGAUAUAAUAAUGGAGUGUAGCAAUAAAGAAAGACAGAACCGAUUAAUCGGAUGUUGCAAAAGCAGAAUGGAUUUAAGCUACCGAUGUUUUGUCGUCUGCAUCUUGUGUAUCUCUAUUUUCCUCUCGGGACCAACGAAGACAGAUGCUAGUGCUACAUGGAUGUGGUUAGGAGCUGCCUCACUCGGAGCGGCAAGCGUUGGUCGCGAUACCAUCCCCGAUGGGAGCCUUGGACACCAGACUGCUACUCAAGCUCCACCCAUCAAUAGUAUCUUGGUCGAUCCCGAGACUCUCUGUCAAAGAUUCCCGGGACUUACUGUUGAACAGCGGAGAGUAUGUUCGAGUACACCCGAGAUCAUCAACAUGAUAAGUGAAGGUGCUAAGGUCGGGAUCAUUGAGUGUCAACGUCAGUUUAGCACUGAGAGAUGGAACUGUUCUGUCAUUGGUGAUGUCAACAACCCGUUUGGAGAGGUCAUGAAUACAGGCAAUAAAGAGACUGCGUUCAUCUACGCUAUCACAUCAGCAGGCGUGGUAUACGCCGUAACUCGCUCAUGUAGUCUUGGUAACCUUACCGAAUGUGGAUGUGCAACCCCUCGGGGGCAACCGAGUGACGAUGUCGUGGAUGAUGACGAAGAAUGGAAAUGGGGUGGAUGUACAGAUGACGUCGAUUAUGGAAUAAAAUUAGCCAGGAAGUUUGUCGACUCUGGCGAUAAAUACUCUUCCUCAUCGUCGUUAUCGUCGCCGUCGCCACCUCCAUCAGCCCUGAGCCGUCCAUUGACGAUAAAGCCAGGUGUACAGGAAAUGAAUCUCCACAAUAAUGAGGCUGGAAGACAGCUGAUCAAGUCUGGAAUGAAGACCCUUUGUCGAUGUCAUGGUGUUUCAGCUUCGUGUUCAUUGAAGACCUGUUGGAAGGCGAUGCCGAGCUUCAAGGAGAUCGGUGAUCUCGCUAAGAGUCGAUAUAGUGAAGGAGUGGAGGUUGUCGUCCGAACCAAGAAACAGAUACGACUUCGUCGGAAAGACAGACGUGUACGACGUGAAGUCAUUGCAUCGGAUGAGCUCGUCUACAUGCAGAGAUCACCGAAUUACUGCCGUACUAACCGGGAAAUCGGUAUCGUAGGAACGACGGGACGAGAAUGUAACCGAACAUCGACUGGAUCAGAUAGCUGUGAUCUCUUGUGUUGUGGGCGUGGCUAUAACACUCAAGUCAUCAGAAGAGUUGAAAGGUGUGAUUGUAAAUUCAUCUGGUGUUGCAAAGUGAAAUGUAGGGUCUGUGAAACGGUCACUGAUAUCUACACUUGUAAAUGAACAAAAUUCCCUGCCACUUUGUUGAAGUAUGCAGAUAAUUAUUUCUGAGUGACGGCAUUGGCAGACUUUUAUAAACUUAUGAACACUCGAACAUCUAGAGGAAGUGACAACAUGAGAGAAAUAAAGAAAUCGGUGACCGGAACAUGAAAUAUUCCAUUGCACCAGAAUCUAAGGUCUGCUUAAACCAUGGACAUACUAUGAUAAAUAAAAUCUACAUCCUUCAGUUUUAAUGGGGGAAUUAGUUUAUCCAGACUUUAAGUUGGUUUUAGAUUAAACAAAAAAGAUUUUUCAUGAAAAAAAAACCUUAAAAAGACUAAUAAACGCGUAUCGGUGAAAGAUGCACGGAAAUCCAGAAAUGGAUAGGAGAGCUAUUAAUCAUUGAGUUUAAAAUCGAUGAAAUUACUUCAUGUUAGACUCCAUUUACUGUACGUCUAUAGCUAUGCAACGAGGCCAUGCAAGGAUUAAUAAUUAUGACAGCUCAUUAUCUUUUCUAAUCUGCCCUUUUCUCUUUCAAUACUUGCCCUUGUUUCCGAUCCGUCUAUCAUAAUUCUAUUAUCUUCUACAAGUCUCUCUCUCUCUCUCCCUCUCUCUCUCUCUCUCUCUCCCUCUCUCUCUCUCUCUCUCUCUCUCUCCCUCUCUCUCUCCUCCUUCUCAUAACCCAACAUAAUUAUUUACCAUAAUCUUGUUUGGUUGUAAUAGUAUUUGUACUACUAUUACCAUGAGUUGUAAUGUAUAUCAUUAUCUAAAAUUACGUAUUUUUUUGGACAACGAGACUUGCUUUCUAAGCAUACAUUUUAGAUCUUAUAAUUUUUCAUUCAAUUUAUAUUCUUCCCAUUUUAUCAAUAACCUUAUACAUAUACUGGUUAAAUUAGUUGGUCAUAUUACAGUAGAUUAAUUUUGAAACCCAUUAGGCCUUUAUGUAUAUAUCAUGUGUAGAUACAAUGUAUUGUUUAUAUUGAAACG